UGUCCCCUCCUUCCGCGCCACCCUUCUCCUCCGCCCUCCUCCCUGCUCCGCCCCCACCGCCCGGGGAGCUUUGUCUCCGGGCCUCUCGCGCGCGCUCGCUCCGCUGUGGGCGGCGCGGCACCCUAAGCUCCCCGCCGGUGAGCAGGCGCGGGGCUGAGGCCUGGCCACGCAGGGGCUGCCGCGGGUCGCCAUGGUGUGAGCGCCGCUGCCGCUGCUCGAACGCUCCGCCCGCAGCCGCCCGGCCUGUGACCAGAUCACCCAGCCAUUGCUGUCUUCAUCCUGACACUUGCUUUGGGUGGCAAAAAGGGAAAAUGGCGAACGACUCCCCUGCAAAAAGUCUGGUGGACAUCGACCUCUCCUCCCUGCGGGACCCUGCUGGGAUUUUUGAGCUUGUGGAAGUGGUUGGAAAUGGCACCUACGGACAAGUCUAUAAGGGUCGACAUGUUAAAACAGGUCAGCUGGCAGCCAUCAAAGUCAUGGAUGUUACUGAGGAUGAAGAGGAAGAAAUCAAACUGGAGAUAAAUAUGCUGAAGAAAUAUUCCCAUCAUAGAAAUAUUGCAACAUAUUACGGUGCUUUUAUUAAGAAGAGCCCUCCAGGACAUGAUGACCAGCUCUGGCUUGUUAUGGAGUUCUGUGGGGCCGGGUCCAUCACCGACCUCGUGAAGAACACCAAAGGGAACACACUCAAAGAAGAUUGGAUAGCCUAUAUCUCCAGAGAGAUCCUGAGGGGACUGGCACAUCUUCACAUCCAUCAUGUGAUUCACCGGGAUAUCAAGGGCCAGAAUGUACUGCUGACCGAGAAUGCAGAGGUGAAACUUGUUGAUUUUGGUGUGAGUGCUCAGCUUGACAGGACCGUUGGGAGGAGAAAUACAUUCAUAGGCACCCCCUACUGGAUGGCUCCUGAGGUCAUCGCCUGUGAUGAGAAUCCAGAUGCCACCUAUGAUUACAGAAGUGACCUUUGGUCUUGUGGCAUUACAGCCAUUGAGAUGGCAGAAGGUGCUCCCCCUCUCUGUGACAUGCAUCCAAUGAGAGCACUGUUUCUCAUUCCCAGAAAUCCUCCUCCCCGGCUGAAGUCAAAAAAAUGGUCAAAGAAAUUUUUUAGUUUUAUAGAAGGGUGCCUGGUGAAGAAUUACAUGCAGCGGCCCUCCACAGAGCAGCUUUUGAAACACCCUUUUAUAAGGGAUCAGCCAAACGAAAGGCAAGUUAGAAUCCAGCUAAAGGACCAUAUAGAUCGGACCAGAAAGAAGAGGGGAGAGAAAGAUGAAACUGAAUAUGAGUACAGUGGCAGUGAGGAAGAGGAGGAGGAAGUGCCUGAACAGGAAGGAGAGCCAAGUUCCAUUGUCAACGUGCCUGGUGAGUCCACUCUGCGGCGGGAUUUCCUGAGACUGCAGCAGGAGAAUAAGGAACGCACUGAGGCUCUUCGGAGACAACAGCUCCUGCAGGAGCAGCAGCUCCGGGAGCAGGAGGAAUAUAAAAGGCAGCUGCUGGCAGAGAGACAGAAACGGAUUGAGCAGCAGAAAGAGCAGAGGCGGCGACUAGAAGAGCAACAAAGGAGAGAGCGUGAAGCUAGAAGGCAGCAGGAACGUGAGCAGCGAAGAAGAGAACAAGAAGAGAAAAAACGUCUGGAGGAACUGGAGAGAAGGCGUAAAGAGGAGGAUGAUAGGAGACGGGCAGAAGAAGAGAAGAGGAGAGUUGAAAGAGAGCAGGAGUAUAUCAGGCGACAGCUAGAAGAGGAGCAGCGGCACUUGGAACUCCUUCAGCAGCAGCUGCUCCAGGAGCAGGCCAUGUUACUGGAGUGCCGAUGGCGGGAGAUGGAGGAGCACCGACAGGCAGAGAGGCUCCAGAGACAGUUGCAACAAGAACAAGCAUAUCUCCUGUCUCUACAGCAUGACCACCGGAGGCCACACCCACAGCAGCAGCUGCCACCACAGCAAGAAAGGAGCAAGCCAAGCUACCAUGCUCCAGAGCUCAAGCCCCACUAUGAGCCUGCUGACAGAGCCCAAGAGGUGGAAGAUAGAUAUAGGAAAACUAACCACAGCUCCCCUGAAGCCCAGUCUAAGCAGACAGGCAGAGUAUUGGAGCCACCAGUGCCUUCCAGAUCAGAGUCUUUUUCCAAUGGCAACUCCGAGUCUGUGCAUCCUGCCCUGCAGAGACCAGCUGAGCCACAGGUACAGUGGUCCCACCUGGCAUCUCUCAAGAACAGUGUUUCCCCUGUCUCGAGAUCCCAUUCCUUCAGUGACCCUUCUCCUCCCAAAUUUGCACACCACCAUCUUCGCUCUCAGGACCCAUGUCCACCUUCUCGCAGUGAGGUGCUAAGUCAGAAUUCUGACUCUAAGUCGGAGGUACCUGACCCCACUCAAAAGGCUUGGUCUAGAUCAGACAGUGACGAGGUGCCUCCAAGGGUCCCUGUGAGAACAACAUCUCGUUCCCCUGUUCUGUCCCGGCGGGAUUCCCCUCUGCAGGGCAGUGGGCAGCAGAGUAGCCAAGCAGCUCAAAGAAACUCCACCAGCAGUGGUGUCGAGUCCAGGUUGCUGUGGGAGAGAGUGGAAAAGCUGGUGCCUAGGCCUGGCAGUGGUAGCUCCUCUGGGUCCAGCAACUCAGGCUCCCAGCCUGGGUCUCAGAGUGGCUCUGGAGAACGCUUCCGAGUGAGAUCAUCAUCCAAAUCUGAAGGCUCUCCAUCUCAGCGCCUUGAAAAUGCAGUGAAAAAACCUGAAGACAGAAAAGAAGUAUUUAGACCUCUCAAGCCUACUGAUUUGACUGCACUGGCUAAAGAGCUUCGAGCAGUUGAAGAUGUGCGACCACCCCACAAAGUGACAGACUACUCUUCAUCCAGCGAGGAGUCAGGGACAACGGAUGAGGAGGAUGAUGAUGCAGAGCAGGAAGGGACCAGGGAACCCAUGUCUGGACCAGAGGACACCAGAGCAGCGUCAUCUGUGAAUUUGAGCAAUGGUGAAACAGAAUCUGUGAAAACCAUGAUUGUCCAUGACGAUGUGGAAAGUGAACCAGCCAUGACUCCAUCCAAGGAGGGCACACUAAUUGUCCGCCAGAGUACAGUUGACCAAAAGCGUGCCAGCCAUCAUGAGAGCAAUGGCUUUGCCGGUCGCAUUCACCUCUUGCCAGAUCUCUUACAGCAAAGCCAUUCCUCCUCCACUUCCUCCACCUCCUCCUCCCCAUCUUCCAGCCAGCCGACACCCACCAUGUCCCCACAGACACCCCAGGACAAGCUAACUACUAAUGAGACUCAGUCCGCUAGUAGCACACUGCAGAAACACAAAUCUUCCUCCUCCUUUACACCUUUUAUAGACCCCAGAUUACUACAGAUUUCUCCAUCUAGUGGGACAACAGUGACUUCUGUGGUGGGAUUUUCCUGUGAUGGAAUGAGACCAGAAGCCAUAAGGCAAGAUCCCACCCGGAAGGGCUCAGUGGUCAAUGUGAAUCCCACCAACACUAGGCCGCAGAGUGACACUCCAGAGAUCCGUAAAUACAAGAAGAGAUUUAAUUCUGAGAUUCUGUGUGCUGCCUUAUGGGGAGUGAAUUUGUUAGUGGGUACCGAAAGUGGCCUGAUGCUGCUGGACAGAAGUGGCCAAGGGAAGGUAUAUCCUCUGAUCAACCGAAGACGAUUUCAGCAAAUGGAUGUCCUCGAAGGCUUGAAUGUGUUGGUGACCAUAUCUGGCAAAAAGGAUAAGUUACGUGUCUACUAUUUGUCCUGGUUAAGAAAUAAAAUCCUUCACAAUGAUCCAGAAGUUGAGAAGAAGCAGGGAUGGACAACUGUUGGGGAUUUGGAAGGAUGUGUACACUAUAAAGUUGUAAAAUAUGAAAGAAUCAAAUUUCUUGUAAUUGCUUUGAAGAAUUCUGUGGAAGUAUAUGCAUGGGCACCCAAGCCAUAUCACAAAUUUAUGGCUUUUAAGUCAUUUGGAGAAUUGGUACAUAAGCCAUUACUGGUGGAUCUCACUGUGGAGGAAGGCCAGAGGUUGAAAGUGAUCUAUGGAUCCUGUGCUGGGUUCCAUGCUGUUGAUGUGGAUUCAGGAUCAGUCUAUGACAUUUAUCUACCAACACACGUAAGAAAGAACCCACACUCUAUGAUCCAGUGUAGCAUCAAACCCCAUGCAAUCAUCAUCCUCCCCAACACAGAUGGAAUGGAGCUUCUGGUAUGCUAUGAAGAUGAAGGAGUUUAUGUGAAUACCUACGGAAGAAUCACCAAGGAUGUGGUUCUGCAGUGGGGAGAGAUGCCAACAUCUGUAGCAUAUAUUCGAUCCAAUCAAACAAUGGGCUGGGGAGAAAAGGCCAUAGAGAUCCGAUCGGUGGAAACUGGUCACCUGGAUGGUGUGUUUAUGCACAAAAGGGCUCAAAGACUGAAAUUCUUAUGUGAACGCAAUGACAAGGUGUUCUUUGCCUCUGUUCGGUCUGGUGGCAGCAGUCAGGUUUAUUUUAUGACAUUGGGCAGGACUUCUCUUCUGAGCUGGUAGAAGCAUGGCAGUGAGGAUCGCUGGCCCCAGAGUCUUCCAGAUCCUGAGAACUUGGAAUUCCUGCAACUGGAGCUCAGAGCUGCACCGGGGCAGUCCAGGACAGCUGUGCACGCAGACACCGCACAUGGGGUUUUCUCCUUUCCUUCCCAUUCUUUCUACCAGUUAAUCCCCAGUAUUUUUUUUUUUAAUUCAAAAAUAAAUCGAGGCUGCAAUGCAGCUGGUGCUGUUCAGAUUCUACCAUCAGGUGCUAUCAGUGUUUUGGAUCGAGCAUCAGGCCAGAAAGCAAAUGUGUUUCCUUCAGCUCCAGAAUUCCUUGUCUCUGAGUGACUCUGUUGUUUGGGUGUCUGAAGGUGGAAACCGUGAAAAUGCCAUUGGUUUGUUGAAAGUGGGCACAAGGGGGUGUAGAGCGGUGGUCUUGAGCAGGUUGCUGAGGAAAGAGCAGAUUUAAUAUAGUAACAUUAACAAUGUAUUUAAUUAACAUUUCUUUUUUGUAAUGUGAUAAUAUGUGGACAAAGAAGGGGAAGGUUUAAGAAGUUAAUAUUUAUAAAAUGUGAAAGACACAGUUACUAGGAGAACUUUUUUUGUGGAUGGGGCUGGGGAGGCAGGGUGGGGUGGGUUAAGGGUGUCCCAUUUUAUUUGGGUUUUCUUUUUGCCUUCAUCAAGAACUCAGUCAUUUUUCUGUAUACCAGGUUUUGCCUAAAUCAUGUGCACAUGGUUCUUAAAAAAAAAAAAAGAAAAAGAAGAUAUGUACAUUUGUCUAAUGACUAGAACUUUGUUGUGUGACAGUAUUAGCACUGCCUCAGUUAAGGUUUAAUUUUUGUUUAAACCUAGAAGUGCAACAACAGUUUUACCACAGUCUGCACUUGCAGAGGAAAAAUAUUUUUUUUCAAUCACAUGUUUAUUUUUUUGCCUACCUCAUUGUUUUUAAUGCAUUAAGAGGUGGUUUAGUUUAUAUUUGUUUUGGAGUAAACAUUAAUGUUUAAUUUAAUCUUAAUACCAAAACUAUCAGGUUGAAGUUUGACUGUUAUUUGUCACAGGUCUCAGUAGGCACACGAGAAUUUGCCUCUGAAGAUGGGAAAUGGCCAUAGGGCUUCAUCAUGCUAACUGAUGCAAUCUUCUUUCUAAGUACAGAAAGUAGAAAGCUUUGUUUUCACAUAUUCAUAUUAGUGGUUGGUGGACCACUGUAGCCUACAAGAGGCCACAUUGUUCUCAGUUCAGGGUUUGGUAGCAGACAGGUGAUCAUAUCAGAAUAGUCACACAAACUGUUCAUUUUGCAGGAACCUUUCCGGGGGGGGGCGAGGGUAUUUCUCUUUUCUAAAAAAUGCAAUGCACUAAAACUAUUUUAAGAAUGUAGUUAAUACUGCUUAUUUGUAAGACAUCAUCUUCCUUUGCUGUAGGUGUAAUAUCAAAGCCCUGGGUUUUCUUGUUCUUUGACUUGUUCUCUUGUUCUCUCUCUCUUUUUUAAACCAACUUUACUUCAUGAAUAUGUUCAUGACAUUGUAAUAAAUGUCUUGGGUGAUAAUUUG